UCAUUCAUUCUGCGUCUGUGUGACAUCUUCAGCGAAGCGCUUCGGCACAGAAGCAUGCGCACCUGCACACCACACAUACACAUGCAAACAUGCACACAUGCACAUACAAUACCCCAGUCUGCAUGUUUUUGUUGCGUGAGAGUGUGCGGGCUCACCAAGGGAUGGACCAUUGAGUGUGGGGAAGAAGAGGGCGCAGCUGCGAUAGAGCCGUGUUGUGUUGUCUAGGUGUGUAUGGGGGUGUCGGGCGCCUGUGCAUGCCAUUUGGGAGGGCUCUGGAUCACCGACACUCGCUGCACCUGCACCCCCCCAACCUACACACAGACACACACAGACAGGGAGAGAGAGAGAGGCAACAAUUAUUUGUUGCGUGUGUGCCGACCGACCAACCGUUUAUGCUCACGGCGAUGCUGCCGCCGUCCAU